AUGACAUCAAAUGUCGAGGACGCUCCUUCGAGUCAGUUUUUGAGUUGGCUUAGCAUAAUUGCAAUCGGAACUACAGUGUGUCUUUUUUUAGCUGGUUUGGAAAUAUGCUGGCGUAUAAGAUCUCAAGGGACAACAAAUGGUAUCAGUUCGGCCCCAUUCCAUACGGGCUUUCUUUCCGGACAGCUAUGGUUGCAAUAUGGCCUCUUAAAACAUGACAAAGUUGUGGUAUUUGUCAAUUUAGUGGCUGCAUUGCUCUAUUCAUUAUAUAUUUCUUAUUAUUUCCUGAUGGCACCGUAUGGUACAAAGAACCGUUGCAUCAGAUUACUUUUUAUGGAAGUGAUAUUUUUGAUGAGUGCAUAUUAUUAUAUCCAUUAUUAUGGCUUACAAGUGGAAGUGAUCCAUUCACGUUUGGGAUUAUGUUGCGUAAUACUCAAUAUACUUACAGUUGCCGCUCCUUUAGAAGCUUUGCAUGAAGUUUUUCGUACUCGUUGCACAGAAACAAUGCCGUUGCCCCUUUGUUGCCUGACAUUUCUUGUGACAACGGAAUGGCUGCUAUAUGGAAUUCUUAUUGAUGACAUUUAUAUAAAGAUACCAAACGCCAUUGCAUCAGUGAUCGCGGCUGUCCAAUUGCUACCUUUUCUUUAUUUUCCCAGGAAUAAACAGAAAGCUACAAUCAUUAUUUCUUGA